AUGGCGCGGACGAAGCAAACCGCCCGCAAGUCCACGGGGGGCAAAGCCCCCCGCAAACAACUCGCCUCCAAGGCCGCCCGCAAGUCCGCCCCCGUGGCCGGAGGCAUCAAAAAGCCCCACAGGUACCGCCCCGGCACUGUGGCUCUCAGAGAAAUUCGAAGAUAUCAAAAGUCCACAGAUCUGUUAAUUCGAAAACUGCCUUUUCAGCGGCUGGUGCGGGAGAUCGCGCAGGACUUCAAGACG